AUGGUGCUUGACACGGGAGCAUGGACCUUCAUCGAUUGGAGUGUUACUUUGGAGAGAUGGGUGGAAAAACCUCCAGCUGACUACUUGAAGAUCUUACCAAUUUGGAUCCGGUUGUGGAAUAUUCCAGUGAACUUCAAUACAGCAGACAAGAUUAAGGAGAUUGCAAGACACAUUGGUCAAGUCACUCAUGUGGCGUUUGAUCCAAUGAAACCGCAGAGUCAGGGCUAUGUUAGGGUUCGAAUUCUGUUUGACGUGACCAGGCCGCUAAAGAAUUUUCAUGAGCUGCAACUACCAUCAGGUGAGAUAAUUAGAACUGGGAUUGAGUAUGAAAGAAUCAGGCGAAGAUGUUCUCAAUGCGACAGACUCACUCAUGACAGGGAAAGAUGCCCUUUUAACCCCUCAAAUAGGCAAAUCGUUGCUACGGGAGGAGUUAAAUCAACACCAACUGUUCCUCAACAACUAAUUCCAAGAAUAAGCAAAGAUGAUCUGACUUGA